CUAGAAUAUACUGGUAAAAAAUUGACACUAUAAAGAGAUAGAUUGUACUAUAAUACUGUUCAUGCAUAUAGAAUAUACAGUUUAAAAUCAAAAAGAGGAGUAACUGACUGAAGAGACAAAGCUACAUAUAAAACUCAAUUAUCAAUUAAUCAAAAUGACUGUAAAAACAACUAAAAAAGUUGGACCUAGUUGGUUCUGGAGACUUUUUGUAUACCUGGGGUGUUGUAAGAUGUCAGAACAAAAACAGAAGUCAAAUAAAGUUUCAACCUCAACAGACAGAAUCAAAGCUGCAACAUUAAAUGUCAGCUGUGACAACCAUGCCAAUAGAAUGGUCGAAAACCAUGGUGAACAAUAUAAUUUCAAGAAAAGAUUUGAUAAACAGUAUGAUAAACUGGAUUCACUUGGGUUAGAUGUGAUUGCCUUGCAAGAAAUUCGUUUAAAAGAAAAUCUCGACUAUAUGAAAGACAAGAUGAAGGACAAAUAUACUGUUCAUUAUUUUAAGAAUAAUUCCUCAACAAUGAGCUUCAAUAAUUGCUUAUGUAUUCGUAAAGAUUCUCAAUGGACCAAAAUAGAUACCAAACAGUACUGGACGACACUUAAAGAUGACAUACCUGCACUUAGCAAAGACCCAGAAGCAAGAGUUCCACAGAUAUAUGAAAAGGAAAUUAAAGGGGACCCACAUGGACGAUGCAUGGGGGUUACAGUUUUGCAGCACAAAACGUCUCAACGCAAAAUUCUUGUUGCCUCAGUACAAGUGGUACCUUUUGGGGAAACAAAAGCAGUUCAACAGAAAGCAAGCUUGUCAUUAUCUGGUAUGGCACGUGACAUUACAGGCGAGGACUGUCCAGUUAUAAUAGCUGGGGACUUCAAUAUUUUUAAUGAAGACCGCGAAGGUGACACAUUUGAAAAAAUAAAAGAAUAUGCAAACUUGAAUAGCCUCAUAGAGAUUCCACCAAAAAGAUUACACAUCCCAAGCAAUGGCAAUAAAGAUGAUAAAAUCAUAACAGAUGAAACCAAAAUUGGGACUUUUAAUCCAUGGUCUUCUGACUCCUACGCUGAUGUGGUCUAUAAACAACCUCUGGGCUAUUCAAAACUUGAUACAAUAUUUGCUUCAAUGUCAUUAGAGUGCAAAGAAGGUGUUGAUGUCAUGCCAGUGUCAAUGGAUGAAGGGCUAAAUGAUCCUUCUAAUAUGUCUGAUGAAGAGAGGAAAUCACAUGAUGAAUUGCGAUAUAUUUUCAAAGACAAACUGGCAUCAGAUCAUUUCCUCCUUAGCGCCACCUUUACUUUAAAAUGAUAAAUAAAACCAUGGCAAUACUUGUAUUUAAAGUCAUUAUGAUACAGCUUUGAAUAACCUAAAUUAAAAAUAAAAUGAUUCUCAUAUAUUUAAUUCAUACUCAAUAUAUCAAGAGCAAAUAUUUAAUGUGUGGUAAUGUAAAUCAGCCACAUGUGGUCCUUGAAAUUACGAUUUGUCUUACGAUCGUUAGUAUCACAAUUAAUGUAUCAGUCAAUAAUAGUAUAAACCUUUUAAAAAAUAAACCAAA